AUGGCGCAGGCGCAAAAGUCUGCGAAGGGUGCCGGUGGGGGCGGGGGCAGAGCUGCGAAGGGCGGAAAGAAAGCUGCGCCGGGCAAGAAGGUCGAGGAUGAGAGGGACGAGACGCUGCAGGCUGUUGUUCUUGCAGAUUCGUUCGAGACGCGGUUUAGUCCUUUUACGUUGCAGACUCCAAGAUGUCUACUACCACUAGCCAACACCCCUCUGAUCGAAUACACGCUCGAAUUCCUGGCCAUGUCUGGCGUGGCAGAUAUUUACAUCUACUGCGGCGCGCAUACUGCGGACGUGGAACGCUACAUCCAAGCCUCGAAAUGGCACCCUGAUUGCCCCGCCUCGCCCUUCGCAAAACUCGAGAUUGUCAGGACGACCGCCCGAUCCGUCGGAGACGCUAUGCGGGAUCUUGACUCGCGGGACUUGAUCACUGGAGACUUUUUGCUCGUACAUGGAGAUUUGGUAUCGAAUCUACCAAUCGAUGCUGCGUUAGCUGCUCACAGAGCGCGGAGACUGGCAGAUAAGAAUGCGAUUAUGACAAUGGUUUUGCGCGCCGGGGGACUGGAAACACAUCGGACAAAGAGUAAAGGCAUCACGCCUGUUUUCGUGGUGGACCCGACGAAGAGCAGGUGUUUACACUACGAGGAGAUAAACCCGUUGCAGGCAAACAGAUACGUCAAUCUAGACCCGGAACUGAUAUCUGCUCAUACCGAGCUGGAGAUCCGGACCGAUUUGAUCGAUUGCGGGAUCGAUAUCUGCACGCCGGAUGUGCUGGCUUUGUGGGCGGAGUCGUUCGAUUAUGAGGUCCCGAGACGGCAUUUCUUGCAUGGUGUGUUGAAGGAUUAUGAACUGAAUGGGAAGACGAUACACACGGAGGUAGUGGAUGACCAUUAUGCGGCGAGGGUCUUCAACUUGCAGUCUUAUGAGGCAGUGAGUAAGGAUAUCCUCGGCAGAUGGACUUAUCCUCUUGUGCCGGAUAGCAACCUCCUGGCUGGCCAAAGCUACAAGUUUGAGCGUGGUGGGCUUUGCAAAGAGAAUGGGGUGAUUCUUGCGCGGACGUGCAAAGUGGGAAAGAGGACAGUGGUGGGCAAGGAUACGAGCAUUGGAGAUGGGAGUGUGGUCUCGAACAGCAUCAUUGGAAGGAGGUGUAAGAUUGGUAAGAACGUCACGAUUCAGAAUGCCUACAUCUGGGACGAUGUCGCAGUUGGCGAUGGUUCGGUUGUGGACAGAGCCAUCAUCGCCAGCGAAGCUGUCGUCGGCAAGAACUGCAAGAUCCAGCCUGGUGCUCUCCUCUCCUAUGGCGUCCGGAUAGCAGACGGCAAGGAAGUAAAAGAAGCCUCCCGAAUCACCCGCGCCAAGCGGAGACAAGGCGACGACGACUCGGACUCGGAUUCAUUAUCAGCAGCUGUAAUACCGUCCGACCUGUCCAUAGUAGGCGAAGGCGGCUCAGGCUACCUCUUCGAGGACUCUGACGAAGAUGAAGACGAAGCCACCAUCUUCCACAGCAACCUCAUCUACAGCACCUCGCACCUCAACAUCUCCUCGGAAUCCAUCUCUACCAUCACCUCCGAGCCGUCUAUCUCUCCCCCCGACGAAGGCCGGUCCCGCCACUCCUCUUUCGCCGGCAGUAUCUCCGAGGACGGCGAGCCCGGCUCCUCCUCGAACGAGAAUUUCCACCACGAUGCUGUGGCUGGUCUACUCGAUGCCCUGAAAGAGGGCGGGGACUUUGGUGCCGCGCGAUUAGAGUUCAUGGGACUCCGUCUCGGAAACGAUGCUACGGACCACCAAAUGCGGCGCGCAAUCGCAGUCGCCUUUACGAAGCGCAUCACUCAGCUGAUCGAGACGUCUAAGAUCGAAGCCUCGAAAGCAGCAGGCAUCGCCUUUUCCUCUCCUGGCGCCGAGAGCUUUCUGAAGGAAGUUGCCGUUGGUACUGACCGGUUGGAGGAAGAUCAAGUGGAUUUCAUCGGGUGUCUGCAGAAGGACUUGGUGCAUCGGAGUAACGGGGCAGUGAUACUGGCCGCGGUGUCUCAGAAGCUGUACCAGCUCGAGGUGUUGGAAGAGGAGGCGUUUCUGGCGUGGUGGAAGGCGAGCGAGAAUCUGGGCGACAAGGAGGAUGGCGAGAUGCGGAGGGUAAGGGAGAAGACGGGGGUCUUUGUGCAGUGGUUGAAGGAGGCGGAGGUUGAGGAGGAGAGUAGCGAGGAGGAGGGUAGUGAGGAGGAGAGCGAGUAG